AAAUCAGUUCUUCAAAGUGACGGAAAUGGAACUGUGGGCAAGCUUCAUCUUGGUAGCUUUUGCCACUGUGGCAUCGGCCCAAUUCGAUACCCAUCAGUGGGCCGAUCGUAACGGUAUUGUGCAUCUGUUCGAGUGGAAGUGGAACGACAUUGCUGCCGAAUGCGAACGGUUCUUGGCGCCGAAGGGAUACGCCGGAGUGCAGAUUUCUCCACCGACGGAAAACAUCAUCAUCGGGGGAAGACCAUGGUUCGAGCGCUACCAACCGGCUUCGUACCAUCUGAACACCCGCUCCGGCACGGAAGCCGAGUUCGCCAGCAUGGUGAGGCGCUGCAAUCAGGUUGGCGUGCGGAUCUACGCCGAUAUUGUCUUUAACCAUAUGUCUGACUAUUCUGGACUAGGAACCGGAGGAUCAGUAGUUGAUGGAUUAAACUACCCUGCUGUGCCUUUCGGACCGAACGAUUUCAAUCCGCAUUGUGCGAUUGAAGACUACAAUAACGUGUAUCAAGUCCGAAACUGCUGGCUGGUCAAUAUGCCGGAUUUGGCUCUCGGAACACAAUGGGUACGGGAUCGUAUAGUUGAUUUGCUAAACAAGAUCAUCGGUUAUGGUGUAGCUGGAUUCCGUGUGGAUGCCACCAAGCACAUGUGGCCGGGAGAUUUGGAACACGUCUUCAGUCGUCUGAACAACCUUAAUACCAACCAUGGAUUCCCACAGGGAGCCAGGCCAUUCAUCACCCAGGAAGUCAUUGAUUUGGGCAGCGAAGCCAUCUCCAAGUACGAAUACACGCAUUUAGGAACGGUGACCGAAUUCCGCUUUUCGGCCGAGAUUGGACGAUCGUUCCGAGCCUACGACAGUCUGGCACAUCUAUCGAACUGGGGUGAACAGUGGGGAUUCUUGCCAUCGCACUUGGCUUUGGUAUUCGUUGACAACCACGACAAUCAGCGUGGUCACGGAGCUGGAGGCUCAAACGUUCUCACCCAUAAGCUGCCCAAGAACUACAAAAUGGCCAGUGCUUUCAUGUUGGCCCACCCGUACGGUAUUGUCCGCGUGAUGAGCUCGUUCUUCUUCGACAACGGGGACCAGGGACCACCAAUGGACGCAAACGGAAAUUUGAUUUCCCCAUCGAUCAACCCCGACGGAAGCUGUGGAAAUGGAUGGGCUUGCGAGCACCGUUGGCGUCAGAUCGCGAACAUGGUUGGGUUCCGCAAUGCCGUACGCGGUACGGGGCUGAACGAUUGGUGGUCCAACGGAUCCCAGCAGAUUGCAUUCUGUCGCGGUGGAAGUGGCUUCGUUGCCUUCAACCUGGAGAGCUUCGAUCUGAACCAGAGCAUGCAGACUUGCCUGCCGGCUGGUACCUACUGUGACGUCAUUUCCGGCAACAAGGAAGCUGGAGGCUGCACUGGGACUGUGGUGCAAGUGGGCGGCGAUGGACGUGCCAACAUUCACCUUCCACACACCAGCAAUGACGGCGUUUUGGCUAUUCAUAUUAAUUCAAGAUUGUGAGUUGGAAUAAAUGAGCUAA